UACUGUGAAUCAAACGUUUCGUACGGUACGUAUUGUCAACGAUAUAAAGUCAAAUUAGGAGCGAAAUACUCGGAAUGCAAACCGUAUAUGUAAACCGAUACAGGCCGAUAUACCAGGUGCAGAAUAGAGACUAUGCAGAAGUGAGUGAGGGCGCACAACUCGCGCCCUAGGAGGCGAGGCAUAUCUCGCCGUAUUUGUCAUACGACGUUACGUGUAAAAGGUGGGCGAUACGACGACGAUAGAUUCGACGGCGUCUUCGUGUCGUCUCAUACGUACGCUGUGAAACGUCGUUUAGAUAUUUCCGGAUCUCAAGUUUGCUGAAAACGACGUCCUUGACUGGUACUGUUUGACAGCUAGAAAACUAACCCUUGGUUCGAUGCCCUUCAGUGCGAACGAUCUUUUAUAUAACCGGUUUACACGUUUUACAAUAUGCUGUCGAGUUGUACGAGCGUACGACCGCGACGCGUUUUUAUAGCACGUGAAUUUCUGGUCGAAUGACAUUCAAAAACUAGGAAGGAAACUGUGUGUUCCAUACUCAUCUAUACUUCAUUUGUAUUAUUGAAGUUCGUCAUAUACAUUUGAGAACAUCAUUGAGAACAUCAUUGAGAACCAUGAAUGCUUCAGAACACGGGUUUAACCCAGCCUUUAAUAUGGCCUCCAUAAAACAAGCAUUUAAUGAAGCAGUAGAAAGAGUCUCAACAGUUAGAAUGCCUGCACCAACUCGAUUGAGGGAUCUCAUCAGACAAAUAAGAGCUGCUAGAACUGCAGCAGAAGAAAGGACAGUUGUUAACAAGGAAUGUGCUUAUAUUCGUUCAACAUUCAGAGAAGAAGAUAGUGUAUGGAGAUGUCGCAAUAUUGCGAAACUUUUAUAUAUUCAUAUGCUUGGAUAUCCAGCUCAUUUUGGUCAACUAGAAUGUCUAAAACUUAUUGCAUCCCCAAGGUUUACAGACAAACGAAUUGGUUACUUAGGUGCAAUGUUACUGCUAGAUGAACGACAAGAUGUUCAUCUUUUAAUUACAAAUUGUUUAAAAAAUGAUUUAAAUAGCUCCACACAAUUUGUUAUUGGUUUGGCAUUAUGUACUUUGGGUGCAAUUGCAUCACCAGAAAUGGCAAGGGAUUUGGCAUCUGAAGUUGAAAGGCUAAUGAAGUCAGCAAAUGCAUAUAUUCGAAAAAAAGCAGCACUUUGUGCAUUCAGAAUUAUUAGACGUGUACCAGAGUUAAUGGAAAUGUUUCUACCUGCUACUCGUAGUUUAAUUACAGAGAAAAACCAUGGUGUAUUAAUUACAGGUGUCACACUUAUUACAGAAAUGUGUGAAAAUAGUGUUGAUACAUUGAAUCAUUUUAAAAAGGAAUGCGGCCAUCGAGAGAUUGUGCCAAAUCUUGUGAGGAUCUUAAAAAAUUUAAUACUAGCUGGAUAUUCUCCAGAACAUGAUGUAUCUGGAGUAUCUGACCCGUUCCUUCAAGUAAAAAUAUUACGUCUCCUUCGAAUUUUGGGACGUAAUGAUAUCGAUGCAUCCGAAGCAAUGAACGAUAUACUUGCGCAAGUUGCAACUAAUACAGAAACUAGCAAAAAUGUUGGAAAUACUAUAUUAUAUGAAACUGUAUUAUCUAUUAUGGAUAUAAAAUCUGAAAGUGGACUGAGAGUGUUAGCAGUGAAUAUAUUAGGUCGAUUUUUAUUAAAUAACGAUAAGAACAUCCGAUAUGUUGCUUUGAAUACGUUAUUAAAAACAGUUUAUGUAGAUACAAGUGCAGUACAAAGACAUCGCUCAACAAUCCUGGAGUGUCUAAAAGACCCGGAUGUAUCGAUUAGAAGACGAGCUAUGGAGCUUAGUUUUGCACUUGUAAAUUCAAACAAUAUUAGGAACAUGAUGAAAGAGUUAUUACUUUUUUUGGAACGUGCUGAUCCAGAAUUUAAAGCGCAAUGUAGUAGUAACAUAGUAAUGUCUGCCGAAAGAUUUGCGCCAAAUAAACGUUGGCAUCUUGAAACGUUAUUCAAAGUUCUUGUUGCUGCUGGUAAUUAUGUUCGAGAUGACGUAGUAGCAUGCACCAUUCAGUUAAUUUCAGAAACCCAAUCACAGCAAAGCUAUGCUGUCAGUGCAUUGUGGAGAGCACUGGAAAAAGAUACAUCCGAUAAGCAACCUUUGGCUCAAGUUGCAACAUGGUGUAUUGGUGAAUAUGGUGAUUUAUUACUAUAUGGACCACCAUCAGAAGAUAUAGAUACUCCUGUCAAUUUAACAGAAGAUGAAGUUAUUGAUGUUUAUCAAAGGUUACUCUGGAGUCCGCAAAAUACAGUGGUCACGAAACAAUAUACAUUAUUAUCUCUCACAAAACUUAGCACAAGAUUUCAGAAGGGUAAUGAAAAAAUUCGUCAAAUAAUUGAUACAUUUGGAAGCAAUUUACAUAUAGAAUUGCAACAACGAGGUAUCGAAUUUUCACAGUUGUUCAGAAAAUAUGAUCAUUUACGACCUGCAUUACUUGAAAGAAUGCCUCCUAUGGAAACUGCUAGACCACAAGCUAAUGGAAUUAUUGGUAUGGUAAAUGGUGAACCAGAACCAGAAGAAGAUAAAUCUUCAGUUUUGGAAGCGAGUACUCCACCAUCUGAUUCAAGUGCACUUCUAGAUUUGCUUGGAACCACCGACUUAGGAAUGACAUCUUCUGUAUCAAAUAAAAGUCCACCUUCUAAUUCAACAAAUACAGUAAACAAUAAUGAUCUUUUGGAUCUACUUGGUAGUUUGGAUUUAAGUGCACCUACAUCUACAUCUACACUGCCACAGGCACAAACGCCAUUACAAAUAUUUAGUCCCACUAACACAACAAACUUUUUAGUGGAUGGUUUGCUUAAUUCAUCAUCAAUUCAAAAUGAUACACUUUCUAUGAUUGUAUUGGAUAAAGCAGGACUUAAAAUAACCUUCAAAUUGGAAAGACCACCAGACAUUGCUGAUUUAUUAAUUAUUAAUAUGUCAGCGCAAAAUUCUGGAAGUGCUAUAUUGACUGAUUUUCUGUUUCAAGCAGCAGUUCCUAAGACAUUCCAACUACAAAUGUUGUCACCAUCAAGCACAGUCAUUCCUCCUUCUGGACAAGUUACUCAAGUAUUGAAAGUUACAAAUAUCAGCAAAGUACCUCUAAGAAUGAGAUUACGUAUAUCUUACACUGGACCAACAGGACCAGUUUUGGAACAAACGGAAGUAAAUAAUUUUCCUUCCCUAACAUUGCAGUGACAAGAUAUAUUAAGGAAGACAAUUGUACAUAUGCCUGUCUAAAUAAUUAUUGAGUCUUAAAUAGACUGAAACCCAAUUUCAUCUUUUCAUCAGAUAAAAUGAAAAUAUAUUGGUAAAAUGACACGUUUGGCAAAAACGCUUACCGAUUGAUUAAUCUAAUAAUUCGUCAGAAAUAAUCAUUGAAUCUAAUAAGAUUCAAAUCUAUAAUGAAUUACAUUUUUUUUAACAUACAUCUGCAAAUUUUUCAUCUGCUCACAAGCCAUAUUUUAUAUUUAUAGAAAGCUGAGGACGUAAUUUCUUGUAAGUA